AUGGCUGCAAACGGUUCCAAUGGCGUUCAUAUCAGUGCUACUCGUCCUCUGACCCCGGGUAUCUACGCACCCAUUCCUACUUUUUUUAUUCCCGAUUCCGAGGACCUUGAUAUACCUUCCCUUGAAGCACAUGUCGUUCGGGUUGCAAUUGCAGGAGUUGGCCCCCUCAUCACUGGUUCCAUGGGCGAAGCCAUUCAUCUGUCCCACACUGAGCGUAUGAGAGUCGUUAAAGCUGCUCGCGAUGCUUUAGACACUGCGGGCUUCACUCAAGUCCCAGUAAUCGUUGGCACGGGUGCUGGGAGCACAAGGGAGACAGUGGAACUGACAAAUGAAGCUGCUGCUGCCGGCGCGGAUUACUCAAUCGUUAUCGCAAGCGGCUACUACGCAGGAGCUUAUGGAAAUAACCCGAAGGCUUUGAAGGCUUUCUGGACAGAGGUCGCUGCAAAGAGUCCCAUUCCAGUGAUGAUAUACAAUUAUCCUGGUGCUAGUGGCGGAAUUGAUCUUGAUUCGGAUUUGAUAACGGAACUCGCAGAAGACUGCGGAAACGUUGGCAAGCUUACCAGAAUUGCCGCUUCUGUGUCAGGGCCGGAGUUCCCAUUGAACCACCCUCGUAAGAAUGCCGCGGCACCUUUCCUCGUAUUGGGAGGAUUUACCGACUUCAUUGUUCCUUCAUUCUACGCCGACGGACACGGCGCAAUCACUGGUCUAGCAAAUGUUGCUCCGCACGCCAUAGCGAAGCUCUGGUCGGUAACGGUUGCGUCUAAACAAGAUUUGUCGCUACUUCCCGAAGCAUUGCGACUGCAAGGGAUCAUUGCUCAGGCCGACUUCACCAUCGCAAAGGCCUCAAUUGCUGGCACGAAGUUCUUGAUUGAGAAACUUUACGGGUAUGGCGGAGUACCUCGCAAGCCUCUUCCUCCCAUGGAAGCUAGUGCUGCACAGGAUCUGUGGGAUCACCCCCAUACCCAAGACCUUGUAAGAUUGGAACGCGAGAUUCGUGGUAAAGCCAAGGCUUAGUUAUAGCGCUGAUUUCUUGUAGUUUUUACAUUCGACCUGAUGGCUGUUACGUGGCAGUAUCUAUCUACGUAGAGGCGUCAACUGACACUCUCGCUGUUAUCGUUAUAAGUAUCAUUUCUUGAAAAGUGUGUGCUCGCGUAUUUUAGGAUUUGCAUUAGCAUGACCAGUGAUCAGCAGUUCGGUGGAUAGGUGUCUUGUGACUACAUGAGCUCGCACUUCCAUGCUUCAAGGUCCGUGACCUCGAACGCUGAAAUUAAGGACGAAGCAUGCGCGAAAGAACUACUUUCAAGAAACAGUUGUGUAUGGCCAACAAAUCGAUGAGAUAAAGUUCAAAGAGAAGGGGAGGUACUAUGUGACAGUCGCCAAGCCCGUACCGUCGAGAGAAAGGACAGGUUCGGGUGCGGAGUGAGAUCAUCACGUCGAAUAGAACUUUGCACACAUGGACCGACAAUGUAAAAGGAUAGCGGCC